AUGUUGGUUCUACAAGCGGUCGAGCCUGGAUCCCCCGUGACAGAGUUGCUGCUGACCAACGACUCAAUGAUGAUUACUUUUAUCUUGGGCAAACUCCAACAACAUGACGUGACGUUUGUCCAAAGGAAUGAUGCGACGGGAGCUGCAGGUCUUUCUGGUAUCCAAAAGAUGACAGCAGCUCUGAGGAUGAUGGCAUACGGGACGCUUGCUGAUAGUCUUGAUGAGUAUCUCAAGAUUGGGAGAAGUACAGCAGUUGAGUCUCUCCAAAGCUUCUGUAGAGGUGUUAUCUCUAUUUUUGAAGCAGAAUACUUGAGAAAACCAAAUGAAAUAGAUACUGCAAGGCUCCUACAUGUGGGCAAUCAUCGUGGUUUUCCUGGAAUGCUAGGCAGCUUGGAUUGUAUGCAUUGGCAGUGGGACAAAUGUCCAACAGCUUACCAUGGCUUCUUCAGUGGCCGGAGCGGAAAACCCACUAUUGUACUUGAAGCAGUUGCAUCGUAUGAUUUGUGGAUUUGGCAUGCUUUCUUUGGCAUGCCUGGGUCAUUCAACGAUAUCAACGUGCUUGAUCAAUCUCAUCUCUUUGAUGAUCUCAGUGCCGGUCGUGCCCCUCCAGCCCAUUUUGUUGUUAACGGGAGUCAGUACAGCAUGGGGUACUACCUUGCUGAUGGUAUCUAUCCAAAAUGGGCGACUCUCGUCCAAACCAUUUCUCAACCACAAGGAAGAAAGAAGCAACACUUUGAGAGAAUGCAGGAGGCAUGUCGCAAGGAUGUUGAAAGGGCAUUUGGCAUACUCCAAGCACGCUGGGCAAUUGUGAGAGGACCGGCGCGAUUUUGGAAUGAGGUGGAUCUAGGCUACAUCAUGAAAACAUGUGUCAUUUUGCAUAACAUGAUAAUUGAAGACCAACGUGAUCAUGAUGCUAGUGAUGAAAUUACUGAACUUCUUUCUUCCAACCCAAUUCAAGUUUCGAGAGAUAUCACUCCUGCAUUGGUUGAUUUCUUUAAAAAUAACUGCAGGAUUCGAUCAAAUGAGGCACAUCAUUCGCUCCGCAAUGAUCUUAUUGAACACCUAUGGGCCCGUAAUGGAGAUGAAGAAUGA